AAAAAGCACCCCAAAAGGCAAAAGGCUUCUUCGCCCGUGCAGAGAAGCAAUCUGUCACUUGGCCCGGCCUCUUCUCCCUCGUCUUCCUUCUCCGAGAUUAUCAUCAGAACCAUCGCUCCCAUCUUUGCUUCACGACGAGUACACAUGGAGCAGCGAGGGCGAAGGAGACGGCAGAUCCCGGUGUUCGGGGAGUGGAACCAGCUGCAGCUGCAGCAGUGCGAGGAGCUGCCCAUGACGCAGUACUUCGAGUCGGCGAUGCAGGCCGGGCUCGUCGUCAGGGCGGGCCGCUGCUGCUACCACCACGACGGCACCGGCGGCGGCGAGGCGGCGCUCUCCAGCAGGUCGCCGUCCGGCUCGCCGCCUCCGCACAAGCCGGCCAAGAAGGUGCGCAGCGCGAUGGACACCCACCACCACCAGCAGCAGCAGGAGCAGGUCGUCCGCGCGGUGAGCAGGAGGCGGCAGCAGGGGGCGCCGCUGGUGGCUGACGGCGCGCCGCGGAGGCCCCGGGUGGUUAGGUCGGUGGACGAGGACCUGUACAAGGUCCAUCCCGAUCUGCUCCCCAAGAAGGGCAAAGGGAGGAAGCAUGUGAGGAGCCUGUGGAUGGGCUGUGUGGGGCUCAACUGCGUCGCCUGACGUGAAGAGACAGUCGGCAGCGGGUCCUCCGGUGCCCUGCCCCGCGGCAUGCACUAUCAUAUCCUCUAGUAGUCAUGUAGCCUUUUCGUCCUGCUUCUCCGCGUAUGGAAAGAAGAGACGACGACCGGAGCACCGAGCACCAGCACAUCCAGAAGACCGGAAGGCUAUCCGAUGCAUACGCCUGUGUGGAUGUAGACCAUCACCUUUCUGCCGCCGUGCUCUCUUGCUACCAGCUGUUUCGUCGUACACAGGGAUGCAGGUCCGCCGUGUGUUGCACCUUGUGGACAACGGAACAGCUAGUCUAGCUGUGUUGUGGUGCCCCUCUAAUCCGGAUGCCAAUACUCGUAUAUGUACAUUACUACAUGGUGUACUUUGUGGUUGAUGAUCAGUUGCUCCGAGUUGUCCACGUUGUUUCUACGCUUCAUGUAUGAUCGACUACUUAUUCC